UACUACUUGCUCGACUUCUUGGGAUUUUUGGUACGGAGACACCUGGGCCUACAUAUCUAUCCAAAGAGAAAUGGGUGUUUCUGGUCUUUGGGACCUUCUGAGACCAAGUGCGGCGAGCGUUACGCUACAUACGCUCUCCAAAGAAGCCUUUUUGGAAAAUAAGAACGGCCUGAGAGCACUCACAGUUGGUAUAGAUGCUUCAAUUUGGAUCUUUCAUGCGGCUGUACCUCAACAUGGUGAAAACCCUUUCCUAAGGACCAUAUUUUUCAAGAUCACAGCAUUACUCCAACAUCCUGUACUGCCAGUAUUUGUUUUUGAUGGUCCCAACAAGCCUGCGAUGAAAAGAAAUCAGAAGGUCGGGGGAAAAUUCGGAACCCAUGAUUACCGAAGCAAACAGUUUAAGGCCUUACUUGACACCUGUGGUCUUGAAUGGUGGAACGCGCCGGGAGAGGCGGAAGCAGAGUUGGCUGUAAUGAAUCGGCAAGGAAAGAUAGAUGCCAUUUUGUCCGAUGACGGAGAUGCUCUUCUAUUUGGAGCGAAAUGUCUCAUCAGGAAUUCUUCCCCGACUCUCUCAGGAUCGCUGGCUUCUUCAACGAAGAAUAAUCCAUCUGCCGGCUCUAAACGUGAUUACGACGUAUAUACACUAUCCCGGAUCUGUGGAGAAUGGGCAAAAGAGCAGGACACCGAACUGACAUCUGAAGAAAGCUGCACAAUGGCAAUGGUAUGGAUUGCCCUUUUAAGUGGCGGAGACUACACGCCCGAAGGACUCUACAGUAUCGGACAUAAAAUAUCCUACGGUCUUGCCAAAGCUGGGCUUUCUGACUACUUGAAAGAAUACUGCCGUGACAAGCAAGCUUUCCUGAAGUCUUUGCCCGGGCUUCACGCUCGUAUGGUGGAAGAACUCCGGACAAAUUCUUCUAAACAGCAGGACAAGCGUUACCCUGAUCGCUCUAACAAGCUCUCAGCAAUGUCCCCUUCGCAGCUGUUUCCAACGUCCACUUUGGACGCUUAUCUCAGCCCAUGCACUAGCCCUUUGGACGACCCUUCUCAAGGAUGGCCUGGUUUCGGACAGGGAAGCUGUUCCAUGGCCAGAGGAAAGGCAAGGAGUGAAGGGAGAGGCGAUAUGGAGGGCAUGGCAGCAGCAUGUGAGAAAUAUUUUGAAUGGGGAACCAAGGAUCUUGUGUGCAAGAAAUUUGCAGGAGAGUCUGUGGGUAUCUUUGGAGCAGAAAUUAUGAACGCCGCUCGAGAGGCGGUACGCGCUAGGGAUAGCUUGGGUCUAGGCGUUGGCAUAGGUCCAGAGAAGACGCCUUCGAGAAUUACUUCCUUCUUUCAACAGUCUGUCCCAUCUCCUAUAUCGUCCAAAUCGACCGGAGCUUCUCAGUUUCCUAACCCGGCAACUCAGCUGCGCGAUACCGUUCCACCUCAUAUCGUCCAAAUCCACUCAGAGAGGACAAGUAAAGAUGGAACGGAGAAAGACUACCGCAUCUCAUUUCACCAGGAUGUGUAUGUUGAACGUUGCCGCAAUGCCAUGCUUGGCAUACGAGUCGACCCUAGCGAACUUCCUCAAGAAGAAAAGAACAGACUAGGACUCGCCGACCAUGCUGAUAAAGACAACGAUGAUAAAGUGUCCGCAACUCAAACGGCCUCCAAGUCUGAAAUCAGAGUCUGGCUUCCUCAAUACCUCGUACGAGAGGCAUGGCCGGAACUAGUCAAAGCUUACGAUGAUAAGCUGGCUGCCAAAACGGCCAGUAAGUUGAAAACGCCUAAAAAGGAUGUCCAGCCUUUGAAAACAAAUGCCGCUGGUAAGGCAAAGAGGGGAAGGGGGAAGAAGGCGCUUGAAGCAGACGGGGAGGAUGUAAAUGCGUUCACCUCCUUCUUCAGUCAACGCCCCAAAGAAUCAACACUAGAUGCUUUUGAGGAGGAAGAAGAGCAAAUUGAGCCAACGCCACCGCAAAGUAAGGCUACGCAAGAGGUCAUCGAUCUCAGCCUGUCGCCUUCCCCUUCACCACCUGCAUCUCCCACGCAAAAGUCCUCAAAUAAUGCCGAGAAAAAGAAGCUAGCACGACCAGCUCUUAACACAUCUACCUCCAGUACACCGUCCGGUGGAGAGAAAGGUGAAGGCUCCAGUCGAACUGCCCGGCGUGCUCGUAAAAAAAUCCACAAAUCCACUUCACCUUUAAAAACGAUCACCGACCUCUCCAAGUCUUCCCCUUCUCCUGAGCAGUCCACGGCAACUCCCACUAUCACCCCACGGUUCUCCAGUCGAACGUUCAGAAAGACUAUAUCCUCGCCAUCUGCCUUCCCACCACGCCGGGUGCAGGCUCAGGAAGUUAUCGAUCUCUGCUCAUCGAGUGAAGAGGAUACAGCUCCAGCGAAGCCCAUUCAUCGUAGACAAGCCGCCAGGUCGCCUAAAAUCUCAUCCCCGCCAUCUGGUAUUCUUUCUAGUUCCACUAAGAUCAAUACCCAAUCAUCUCGUUCAUCUCGCUCUACCUCUGUCUCAUUUCCUGCCUGUCCUUUGAACAAACCAAGCUCACGCUCGCCACGGGAAAGUUCGAUACUCAGCCACCCUCUCCUUUCUGGGUCUAGCCAAUCAUCCUCCCUAUCGCCUCCCCCGCCUACACCUCCUAAUACACAAAGAGCAACAUCCCCAAAGAAAACAAAAGUAUCAUCCCCGGCUAGGCGACGGCCAAAGUACAAAAUUAUCAGCUCGACAAAAGACGGCGAAGUCAUUGAUUGUACGAUGCGACGAUAAGUUUUUGUGUAGUAAUGUAAUGUCCCACGUUGAUCUGAUUAAUUUGUUGAUGAUAUGAUGAAAUGUAACGAUCUUGCCCAUAUAAUGAUGAAGUACCAC